CAGGUGGUGCCGUGGUUGGGAUUCGAUCCAACAACACUAGCAUUGGAUUCAGGUGUUCCAAUCACCUCCAUGGGCACAGGUGUAUAAAAUCAAGCAGCUAGGCAUGAAGACUGCUUCUACAAACAUUUGUGAAAGAGUGGGUCACUUUUAGGAGCUCAGUGCAUUCAAGCGUGGUACUGUGAUAGGUUUCCACCUAUGCAACAAGUCCAUCUGCAAAAUUGCCUUGCUACUAAAUAUUCCACGGUCAACCAUUAGUGGUAUUAUGACAAAAUGGAAGCAACUGGGAACAACAGCAACUCAGCCACAAAGCAGUAGGCCACGUAAAAUGAGAGAGCAGGGUCAGCGCAUGCUGAAGUGCACAGUGCGUAGACAUCGCCAACUUUCUGCAGAGUCAAUAGCAAAAGACCUCCAAACUUCGUGUGACCUUCAGAUUAGCACAACAGAGCUUCAUGGAAUGGGUUUUCAUGGCCAAGCAGCUGCAUCCAAG